AUGGCGGGGCACCAGAACCAGCUCCGCGGCGAGGGGGGUGAGGGGAAUGUGCACUUACGUGCGGAGCACGGCACGUGGGGUGGGGUGGGGUGGGGUGGAAGACGGAGACGGCCGUGGCUUUCGCCGGGAAGCGAGGCGGCGCGGGAGGCGGAGAUGCCGCUCGCGGUCGCUGGUCAAGACGGUUCGUCGCGUGGUCGCCAAGGCCGGAAUAUUCCGCCCCAUCCGCAUCUCGCUCGGCCCAGUUUGCUUCCGAGGCCGGCUUCAGGCCCAGCUCCUCCUCCAGCCCGUAUCCGACUCGAGCCCACCUUACGAGCGUCGUCCGUCCAGUCCAUAACCGAACCGGGCGGGCUCCCUUCGCGGCCCGGACACGCCACCCCCCAUCGGCUUCGUUCCUCUUUCGCUUUCGUCUUCCUCUCCACCCAAGUCAGUCGCCCUGGCCGCGACGCCCCGCACCGCCGGGCACGCCACCUCCGCCGCCGACGCCGCCGACGGGAUCGACGCGAGCAUGCGGAGGCAGAUGCCGGCGAGGCGGCCAUCCAGCGCGCGCUGCGGGCGCUGCGGCAGCGGCAUCUCGUCGAGGAGGGGGCCCACCGCCCCGCCAUCGAGGCGCUCAACCGGCCCUUCGCCGCCCACGCUUUGGAGUGGAAAGAGAAGGCCGAGAAGAACGAGUUGGAGCUGCAGCAGUGCUACAAGGCUCAGUCCCGGUUGUCUGAGCAGCUCGUUUCCGAGAUAAACGAGGCGAAAACGUCCAAAGCGCUGCUCAAGGAGAAGGAGGCACUGAUUACGACUUUGCAGAGUGAACUCCAGCAGACUAGCGAAGAGAACAUACAGCUAAAGCAGUCACUUGAAGAGAAGACAAACGCUUUAGAUCUUCUCAUUCAGGAGCACCAGGUGGCUAAAGCCGAACUUGAACGGGUGCUAACAAAACUUAAAGCUGUGGAGCAUGAGAACACGCAGCUGGUUGAGCGAUUGAUGCAAGCGAAGAUGGUGGAGGCAGAGAAGCUUAAUGAGGCCAAUGCGAUGUAUGAGGAGAUGGUCCUAAAGCUAAAGGCAGCUGGGCUUGGCGCUGGCGGAAUACAACACCAUGCACAACAAGAAGCUGAUGGCGUCAUUCGGCGAUCCGAAGCUGGGUAUGUUGACAUCAUGGAAACACCAGUGCCAUCUACAUGCAGGAUCACCAUCCGUGCUCAUGAUGGUGGGUGUGGAUCUAUAAUAUUCCAGAAUAACACAGAUAAGCUAAUCAGUGGUGGCCAGGAUCAAACUGUCAAGAUAUGGUCUGCGCAUACUGGUGCUUUAACCUCCACUCUGCAGGGUUGCUUGGGGACUGUCAACGAUCUUGCUGUGACCAAUGAUAACAAGUUUGUAAUUGCCGCCUGUAGCUCUAACAAGUUGUUUGUAUGGGAAGUUAAUGGGGGGCGUCCUCGUCACACUCUGACUGGCCACACAAAAAAUGUCUGUUCUGUAGACGCAAGCUGGGUGAAAAGUUUGGUCAUUGCUAGUUCAUCCAAUGACCGCACUAUCAAGAUCUGGGAUCUCCAGACUGGCUUCUGUAAAAGCACCAUAAUGUCAGCAAGCAACCCCAAUGCACUAGUUUUCAUCCAUGGCGAUGCCAUUUGCUCAGGUCAUAGGGAUGGAAGCCUAAAGUUCCAUGAUAUCCGCAGUGGAAAAUGCUUUGCCACGGUAGCAGCUCAUGUUGAUGUCAGCUCGGUCUGUGUAACCCGGAACAAAAACCAUGUUCUUUCAAGUGGGAGAGAGGGUGUGCACAAGCUUUUUGAUGUUAGAAUGCCGAAGGAGGUAGUGGAGAUUUGUGGAACAUUCACAGCUCCAAGUAACAGAUUGGUUGGCAGCUGGGGCAGAGCUUGUAUAAGCCCGGAUGAGAACUGCAUAGCGUCUGGCUCCUCUGAUGGGUCUGUUUGCAUAUGGUCGAGAUCGAAGAACGAGGGGCCGACCAUCCUAGAGGGCCACUCAUUGCCGGUUGUUACAAGUGCAUGGUCUGAGUUUGGACCUCUUGCCACCGCCGACAAGAAUCAUAUUCAUAUAUGGGCUUGA